CAGAUUGCUUAGUAAAUAAAAGUGACGACGGCAUUCGGUAGGUUAACUAUAGCUGCUUGACUAUCUACUCCGUAGUCGCAUUUUGAAUUCAAAAACUUGACUUAUUAUUAAAUAGUUCCAUUAAUCAUAAAACUGGUUAGUUAUCGCUCUUACUUUUCUAGUCUUUCUCAAAGAUCUACGUUUACCUGGCAACAACAGAUAUCUCUAUUCUUGUCACCAGGUAGCCUUGCGUAGUGAUUUUUUCCCCACGAUUUGAGCGAACAACUGAAUCGCUGAAGGAGAUUUGACAUCAACCAAAGACUGCGACUAUGAACCAGAACAAGAUCCCUAUUAUUGUUCGUAAAAUGAUGGCCGCGAAAAAAGAGGCCGAAGAUACAGAACCAGCGCCAUGCGAUCCUGCCAUCGACUACAUCCCUUUUCGAAAAGAGUACUACUUUUUUUAUGGCACCUUGAUGGAUCCUGCUACACUUAUGAAAGUUCUUGACUUGUCCGAGGAACCGACCCUGCUGCCUACAAAGGUGGCGGGCUAUUACAUCAAACUCUGGGGCAAGUAUCCAGCACUCUUAGACGGUAAGCCGGGAAACUGGGUAUACGGUAUGGCCUACGAAGUUCAGUCACAAGAGCACUUGGAUCGACUGGUUGCGUACGAAACGGACAAAUAUAGAAUUGAGUCAUGCGGGAUUUAUCCCGCGGACUCUGAUGAAAAUAGCACAGAUAUCCUUUUUGGUCAAACAUUUCUUUGGGACGGGAAGCCCGAAGAGCUGAGUGAAGGGGAAUUCAGUUUAGAGACAUGGAAACGAGAGGGAAACGAAGCGCCACAAACGAAAGGGGAUAGUCUCUAAUUACAAAAUAUUCUCCCUGGGGACAUGUGCAAUUCCUGCACUAUGCUGCAGAACCAGUGAGCAACUUGGAAGGCCUUUAGCCCUGCGAUGUAAUGCAACCCCAACUCAGAGUUCUAGUACCGAAUGAGA